CUGGUGGGAGCGGCGGAGACCCAGAAUCUACGACCGGUGGCCACUACCAGCGCUGUCGACCACGGAACCCAGAGUGGUGCUGGAGUAUAUGAUCGAGCAACAAAUCGACGACCGCCAUCCCUGCAAUUCCUCAACAACCCUCGAAAAGAGCUCCAUAAAAUCGCACCUGACGGCCUUAAACUACCUCAGGAGGAAAGCCUCCCUGGAAACGCUUGCGGUCUCCUCGAGCUAAGGCAGAUCUUCGAUCGGGGGAAGCCACUAGUUAGCUUACAGCAGUAUUCAGGGUAUGUUACUGUUAAUGAAACCCAACAGAGGAAGCUCUUCUACUACUUUGUUGAAGCUGAGACAAACUCUACUUCCAAGCUUCUUGUUUUGUGGCUAAAUGAUGGGCCAGGGUGUUCCUCUAUUGGAAGUUUAGAACUCGAGCUUUCACUGAGCAUGGCCCUUUCAAGACAAAUGGUUCAAGAGCUCUCCUAA